AUGUUCUCGGCGAUAAUUCAUGCGUUGUUCCCGGUGAUGAUUUAUAUGAUGUUUCCGGUGAUGAUUCAUAUAAUGUUCCCGGUGAUGAUCAUACAAUAUUUCUAUCGAUGAUUCACGCAAAAGUCAUGGCGAUGAUUCAUGCGAUG